AUGGCCACCUCUCUCGCAGGCUCACUUGCCCAGUUCACCCACUACGAUGUCACGAGCCAUAUCGGCACGCGCUUCCCCGACUCCAAAGUGCAGCUCUCUGAGCUCAUGCAGUCCGAGAAGGCGGACGAGUACGUCCGCGACCUCGCCAAGCUCGUCUCCGAGCGCGGAGUAGUCUACUUCUCGAGCCAGGACCUUAACGUCCAGGACCAACUCACGCUCGCGCAGCGCAUGGGCGAGCUCACUGGCAAGCCGUCCGACUCAAAGCUGCACAAGCACCCCAUCUCAGAGGAGACCCCCGAGCUUGGUGCCGAAGUGUCUGUCAUUUCCGGCAUCUCCCGUGCCGGCCUCCAGAUGGGCAGGCGCGCCAGCGCGGGCUGGCAUGCCGAUAUCACCUUCGAGCGCGUGCCUUCAGACUAUGCGAUCCUCAAAAUGCACACACUUCCCAAGGUCGGCGGUGACACUUUGUGGGCUUGUGGUUACGAGGCAUACGAUCGUCUGUCCCCUGCCAUGAAGAAGUUCCUCGAGGGUUUGACCGCCGUGCACAACGCUCAGUUCUUCGUUGACAUGGCCAAGGCCAUGGGCCACCCAAUCCAGGAUAACCGCGGCUCGCCCGAGAACAACGGAGGUGACCUGACAGCUGUCCACCCGGUCAUCCGCACGCACCCUGUGACGGGCUACAAGACACUCUUCGUCAACAAGACAUUCACUAAGCGAAUCAUUGAGCUCACACCCGAAGAGUCCGAUGCGCUGCUCGACUACCUCUUCCGCCACAUCUCGGAGAACCAUGACCUCCAGGUCCGUUAUCGCUGGGAGAUGAACGACAUCGCGCUCUGGGACAACCGCUGCACAUUCCACACGGCCACCAACGACUACGCAGAUGACCGUGCAGGCCAGCGCGCCGUCGGCGUCGGCGAGAAGCCCUACUUCGACGCUGCAUCGAAGUCGCGCCGCGAGGCGCUCGGCAUCACCUUCUGA